AAAAUAUAACCUUCUUGGCGAAGGUAACAAAGCUACUGAAGUCAUCUGCAUCUUCCAAGAGAUUUAUGCUUGUGAGUCAUUGCAUGAAAAUGGUUGUUUACAGAUUUGGUUUGGAGCUCCCCCCGGAGACAGAAGACCAAACUGCAGCCUCCUCUGGGCCGUACAUUUCCAGGCGUGUCCAGAACAAUUUGCUGCAGAGCAUCAUGGGAAAGGAUUAUAAAUUCCAGACGAUUAUGGAUCCCAAGAAAUGAUGCAACAGUUGUGAUAAGAAAUACCAAGAAUGUCUUAUCUUUACAUGAAAAAGCAAUAAGAAUGGAACUUAUUUUUAGCAUUGAUGCGGAUAUAUUGUACUAGUAUGUAUAAUUUUGUCAUCGGACUUUAAUAUUGGUCAAAUAAAUUAUCAGGUCUGUUCACUUCAUGGUCUAAAUUCCUUUUUAGCACUUAGAAGUCAGCCUAAGGAUUUACUACUUUGAAUUCUACUGGGCAGAAACUCUUACUUGGAUUGGGAUUUUGGUAGUGUAUGACAGCUGCGCUGUAUAACAAAGGAGUUGAUUGAAUAUUUGGACAUGUGUGGACCGUAUGCAUGUCAGAUCAACAUUAUUUGUAAGACAUUUUGUUACUUGCAAGACAAAUUAAAAUUCACUACUAAAAGUACUCAUAUUAAAUGAUAAAGGGAUCUUUAGGCAAUAAGAAGUGUAGGGCUCAUACCUUAUGUCGAUUAGUUGGGCAGUCAAUAUAUGAACAGUUACUGCCAUGUGCCCUAAGGCCUAGGUCACAAUUCCCAACCCGGGGCCUGGCCAUGCAGGCAGCUUUCGGGAGUGAAAAGAAUGUUAUAAAAGACAUCAAAAUGUCAAAAUACUAGUCAUGUCCAAUGAUAUGUGCAUAUUUCUGGGUACACAUUUUAAUUUUUCUUAAAACAUCCUGGCCGGGCCCCGGUUUGGAACUUCAAAUGUGACCUAAGCCUAAGCGAACGACUGUAAGAAAAGUAGGUCCUCAGUUUAAUGGAUAACUGACAGACAAAUACUUAAUAAGAUGCAAAUUUGAAUCCUAAUACCCCUGGUAGAUGUGCCAGCUCAUUUUGUCCCUUAAACACAAGUUCUAUAAUUACAAUGUUCCCUGUGGAACAGUACUCUCUUUUCUUCUGUUCCAAACAGAACAGCCAUAUCUUCACUUCUCAGCGGCACAAAACAACUGGGGUGAGAAUACAAAUUUGCAUAUCUUCGGCAUUUGCAUACCUUCAGUUAUACAUUAAACUAGUUUGACCUACUUUUUUUACAGUCUCAUGUCAGGCACAUACCUGUAGCUAGUCAUAUAUCAUUUGUCUGCCCAAAUAAGUUAAGUCACCAUGAAAGUCCAGAAGGUGUUGGUUGUAGGAGCAGGUUUUGUUGGCUCUUCCUUGGCGGCAUCCCUGAGGAGUGGGGGAGUACAGGUGUACUGUACACGGCGGCAGGAGGGAGGGGAGGGGACCGUCCAGUUUGUGUUGGAGGAGGAGGAGACCUGGGGGAAUCUGCCCAAGGAGGUGGAUGGAGUCGUGUGGACAUUACCAGCAAGACCCUUCUCUCAGGUAAGACGAUUCUAUGACACCUACCUCCAGUCCAUACUGGACUCCAAGAAACCGGUGAUUGUGUACGGCACCACCGGUCGGUACCAGGUAGAAGAAGAACACCAGUGGGUGGAUGAGAAAACAAAGUACGGACAGACAGCAAGCGGCAGGGAGGAGGGGGAAGACUUCUUACAGGAGAAGGGGGCUACUGUUCUGGUGCUCGCUGGUAUCUGGGGUGAGAGCAAGACUGGAGAGACAAGAUCGCUGAAGUCGUGGAUUGAAAAAGGGUACCACGUCAACAGUAUCAACAAGUUCCUGAAUCUAGCGCACGUUGACGAUAUCGUCAUGGCAACACAAGAAGUUCUGAACCGUUCCGAGUUUAGAGGUCAAGUUAUCAACGUCUGUGAUGGACAGCCCAUGCUGUGGAGGGAUAUUGUACUGGGAUUUGGUUUGGAGCUACCCCCAAUGACCCAAGACCGCGGUAGCCCCGGGAUAUCGCAACGUCCUUCCAAGCGUGUCAGCAACAGCCUGCUGCAGAGCAUCAUGGGAAAGGAUUACAAGUUCCAGGUGGUGAUGGGGCCGGAUGCGACUGGUGCCUGAGGAAAUGGUGUGAAGGAAGCCAGACGCAAUAAGUGUGGCUAAAAAAAUAUUGCCAUGGCGACGGUUCAAGUGACUUGGAAACCUGACCAAGAUUAUGCGACUAUAAAAUUCAAAACAAACAUAUAAUAGCCAGCUGAUCUAGAUCAAAUAGAAGAUAAGAUACAUUUCAUGUUUACCAAUUAGGAAGAAAUUUUUUUAAUGUGCCAGGAUUCUAAUAAAUAACCAAACCAAUAAAUAGAUUCACAAGAUUCUAAUACUAUGAUUUAUUAGUUUUAAAAUGAAAUCUAUUUGUAAUUUCUUAUUUAACAACUGCAUGUGAUUGAAUGUCCUCCCUCAUGGAGGACAAGGCUGAGUGGAGAGGAAGAAUCCAUUGUGACUCGUGGUGGCAUCCCUGAUGUCCUCGUUCGUUGAAGAGAUUCAUUACUUAGUCACGUAUGUUCACAGUUAAUAGAAUUUUUAUCAAUCAGUGACUGUUAUUAAAGGUAAACACACGUACCUCCAAAUUUUUGAUGGCUGUCAGUCCAUCUUGAUCGCGGAGUGACCUAGUUCUCGCGAAAGUGUAUUCUGUCUACAGCAUUAAGGGAAUAAAGAACCUUGAUAGACCUUUUUACACAACCAUUGAUUCAUUCACACUGACGUUUCACUGACCGCAGGUCAUAGCCCUCCAGGGGAAAUACUGUCUUUCUCACACUGUAUUGCAGCACUAGUGUUCGCUGGUUCCCUUUGCAAUGUACAGCUACUACUUUAUGAUUAAACAUUUAACAUCGUGGUCCAAGAUGGUGGACAUCUGAUGUUAUGUUGAAUAAUGUCAAUUUGAAGUCAAUUCGGUUGUCAAUGCAACAGAAUCCAGUAAGAUAAUAAGAUAUAUCACUGACGAUAGAUAGUGGAUGCUAUCUGAAACGUCUGACCAUUUCCCAAAUGAUAUCCAGUUGCUCGUGUAACUGCUUUUUGGCACGAUGAAGUAAAAUAUUUACCAGCCGGCCCAUCCGCAGAGGCUGCGGCAUGUUCAGGUGAUGCUGUAGCUGCGUCUUGGCUGGACUAUCAAACAGCGCCGCCAUGCGAUAUCUGUUGGUGAGGCAGGCCAGUGUGCCAAAUGUCACGCUAGGACAUUCCACACCUCGGAGUCAAUCUCUAGACGAUGAUGUAAUAUCUCUUGAAAAUGAUGAUGUCAUAAAUUCUCCCAAAUAUCUGGACCACCGUUGUUGUUUUCCAUCAGAUGCAGAUUAUGAAUAUCUCGUUAAAAGAUGUGAAAUGUGCAAAAGGUGCGGAGAUAUACUUAUGACAUGCUCUUAUAUUUUUGUAGCUGAAUUGCUGCUUCUUCGAUUAUUGCUGUCCCUUCUCUUUUUCUGUCUAUCUUUUGCCAUAAACAUGCUUCAUUGAACUCACCUAUCGUCCUGCCUGUCUGUGUAUAUGUUCAUCAUUGUCGUACACCAUUUUGGUCAUAUCUGUAUUAAACCCAGUCUUGUCAAAAAUACCCAGUGCACCUUAUUUUAUUUUCAACAGAAAUACAUUUGAGUGAGCGAAGCACACCCUAUAAUGGUCAUCAACUGCACCUAUGGCGCUAUGCAAUGACAAAAUACAGAAGUGCAGAACUUCCUAUGUGUAACAUGCUUAUAUCCUGUAGUGUUUUUACCAUUUACUAUAUGAUAUAAUUCUUAAUGUAUAUCAUGUAUUGCAACAAUCGUCUCUCCUCUCUCUUUCUCUCUUAACGUAAACUUUGACAACUUUGUCGUCCUCAGAUACAAUGCAACUUUCUACAUACUGCCAUGACGUAUAUAUUGCAGGCUUUUUCAGCUUAAAAGAACUUGCAUUUACCAUUAUUUACCAUCUCUGUACUAUAUAUUAAUAUUUACUGUAACAUGCAGUAAUAUUUCUUCUACAAUAUUGUUUCCAUAUAUCAUCAUCACUAUAUAUACAUCAUAACAUUUAAUAUAUGUGCUAUACUGUAAAUGCAGAAAUGUUCGCGGUGGAUUAGUUUUCGCGGGGACCACUUCACGGUGAACUUAAAACCACCGCGAUCAUUUUUCUAUCAUGGUAUUAGACUGCAGUCUGUGGUGUUACCGAGAACUUAAAUCCCACGCUAAAAGUCCUUUUACCCGCUACCGCGAAAUUAAAUCCCCGCGAACUUAAAUGCAUUUACAGUAUGUACAAUACCUUACAGCCUGCAUGCUCCUAGCAUUUUUAUAUCAUGAACAGAUUUAAUUUACAAGAUUUUUU